UGUAUAGUCAGGUGAGCUUGACGCAGGCGCAGAGCUCAUUCUGACCUGCAGCAGCAGAGCAGCAGCAUCUGAACCCUCUGCAACAAAAGAAACCAGCAGAACAAAGAAGAUAAAUCACAGAAAGCUUUAUUUUCUCACCGAAAACAAGAAGAUCCAAACAUGCUGAAGUCCAACAGCCAAUACGACUCCUUCCUCUUCUGGAGGCAGCCAAUCCCGGCCCUCGACCUGUCGGAGCUGGAGGAUCUGGGUUUGGCCAACGCUCAGCCGGCCAAUAGCAUCACAGGAAAAGACAAGUCGUCCUCACAGAGGAGUCAGGAGGAGGAGGUCGCCCUUACGGAGUUUUCCUCCUUUAACUACUGGAGAGCUCCCAUCGCCAACGUGGACGCUCUGCUGGCCGACCUCAACCUGCUGCUCUGAAACACAACCCACCAUCACCUGACCUCUGACCCCAGAUCAGCCUCCAUCAUCACCUGACCUCUGACCCCAGAUCAGCCUCCACCAUCACCUGACCUCUGACCCCAGAUCAGCCCCCUCCAUCACCUGACCUCUGACCCCAGAUCAGCCUCUGCAGGCCUCACUUCCUGUCCCGUUACUGAAGAAACGUGACCGUGUCAGGAAGUCACCAAAUUAAGAGCUUGGUUUUCACAAUAAGACCGGGCCGAGGUGCUGAGGCUGAUCCUGGUUCAGAUUCUUCACUCUCUGAAUCACUUCUUUAGUUCAGCUUCUGUUUUUGUAAUUAGGAUCUGAUCUAGUGGAUCUGAAACGAGUCUUCACUCUGAAUAAGACCGACGCCGUUUACCUGAACCCUACAGGAAGUACUGAGUAAUCCCAGCGAUGUGAUUGGUCCCAGAUCAGCUGUCCUCGUGUUGACACUGAAACCAGAUUCUGAUCAGAUUUGAAGGUUCCAGUUUGAAAAAGGAGACGGAUGAAAGCCUUCUGGAUGUGGACAAAAUAAUAGAAACACUGUAUUGAUCCACCGUUGAUUGUUUAAAGUUUUCUUUGUGUCAGAUCAGUAAUUUAUUUAUUCCAUUAUUUAUUUAGUGAAUGUUUGAGAAACAGCUGUGAUGCGUUCAAACUCCCCCAGAGACGACAGUUAUUAUCUGUUUCCAUCUGUGCCUUUUAGUUCUUUUAUCCAGAGCUGCUUCAUUUACAGAUCUAUUUAUUUAUAUUUAUUUGUCGCGCUGUUUCACUGAACCACAGGAAGAAAAACUACCGUUCACCUGUCCGAAUGUCCUGAACACCUGCCAACAAUAAAAGAAAUUAUCUGUUUUUUGAUCAA